CAUACACACUUUCCAACACAAUCACAAAUAUUUCAGUAAGGAGGAACCUAUAACUAAGCUUUAAGGUAAACACUUUUAUUUUGUUACCUGUUCAAUUAUCUCACGAGACAUCUAUCAAUUCAAAUAAUUAUAAUCGUAAAACUGAAAUUGACAGGGCAUAAUUUAACGAAGUAGAAGUAUGGUUAGAAUUAAACCAAUCGAAUUAGUUAAAACAAGGAUCCGCUCCUCGCUACACCUUUAUGUACAUAAAUGUAACGACACGCAAUCUCUGCAUUGAGCGUAUCUUACAAAUGCUUACCUGGGCACAGGAAGUGAAAUCAAGAUGUCGAAAAAGCAGAGUACAUUUAACAGAUCGGCUUCACUACCAACAAGAUCAAAGAAGGGGCCGCCAGUGAUUGUUUAUGACAGUGCCGCAGGUGAAUCAGGGUUGUCAUCCCACGAUAGAGAAAUUAAAGUCCAUACAGCUUUAAAAGAAAUUAAAAGUCUUGCAAUCACUGCUAAAAAGACGUAUAAAAAGGAACGAAAAGGAGGCGGGGUCGAAUACAAGUAUCACUGUGAAGACCUAAUACUGAAAUGGAUACCAGAGCUCAAGAGUUUGCUUGGAAUAUCCACGCUUGAGGAACGAACUGCUCGGGAACACGCUAUUGCAGCAGAGGAAAAUCUCCACCACUAUACGAACAGAGAUCUCAAAAGAUGGAACGACGCUUUUGAAUUAAAGAGAAAGUACGAGGACGAAAUUAAUACACUUAAAAAUCUGCAUCGACAGGAGUUAUUCAGCAUUCAGCAACAACACGAGGAGAUCCUUCGUCGGAGCUUGAGGGAAAAGGACAACCAACUGAAAAGUUUGACUGAAGAGAAAGACAACCUAUUGACAAGACUGAGUCAGAUAGCGGGAGCCAGACUACGGGACAACAACCCAGCAGUUUCCGACCUUAGUGACCCCAAUCGACCUCUGAAACUGUCGGAGAAAAUCAGUGAACUCUACGAUAACGAGUGGACAGACGCCAUGGAAAUCCUAGAGAAGGAUCGUGACGAGACCAUGGCAGUUGAAACACUACUUUCCAUCAUUUUGAAAUGUUUCAGUCUCUGUCAAAAGCAUUCUAGGUUCCAGCUGACAUCCUUAUCUAAUGCUCUCGUUCUCAAUGAAGAGUCGACACCUGAUUCCACAUCAGCAGAAAAAUAUGCCAAAGAUAUACAAAAAAGUUCUUCAUCGUGGGUUUUGAGCGAUUCUAAUCUACAUUCUAUAAUCUGGCAAGAAAUUGGAAAGACAAUUGGACAACAAGACGCCAGUAGAUGCAAACCCUACAUCGAUAAAUGUGUGCAAUACUGCUGGUUGAUGUGUAUACAAGAUCCACCUAUGCACACAGUUGUUUUCCCAAGAGGAUUAAACUUUAAUAGUGAUGAGAUGAAGUCUUUCACUAAACUUGGCCAGUUUGUUGACUUCACAGUAUGGCCAGCAUUUUACCUUCAUGAAAAUGGCCCCUUGCUGUCCAAAGCUGUAGUGCAAGGUACUAAUCAAGCAGUCCAAGAAAUGCAUUCACACAAACGAGAAGAACAAACCAGCGGUCAUAAGGCACCGACUUCCGAGUACCAGAAAAAAAUAAAUACACAGACAACAGUACAUGAUGGGAGAACAGGUGAUCGGCACAUCGAACCACACCCUGUCCAAACGCAGAGAGGGUAUUGGGAAAUACGCGAUACUGGAUAUGGAAAUAAUGGCCAAAGAGACUAUCUACGUGACUCUGUUGACAAUUAUUACUCAAAUUCUCAACUGACUAAGGGUCAUUAUGUGUCGUAUGCUUCACCAAAUCCACCAUUCCGAGAAGGGUUUCAACAACAGAACAUACAAAAGUAUGUGCAAUCUGCUGUUCCAUCUACAGUCUAUGGAAAUAAAGCGUACCCUCCAAACAAGCCAAUACUCAAUUCUCAUGAAAAUUCACAUGGUAGACCCGAUAACCAGUUCCGCGAAACAGUGCAAGGAGAGCAUUCACAUGGUAGACCCGAUAACCAGUUCCGCGAAACAGUGCAAGGAGAGCAUUCACAUGGUAGACCCGAUAACCAGUUCCGCGAAACAGUGCAAGGAGGGCGUUCACAUGGUAGACCCGAUAACCAGUUCCGCGAAACAGUGCAAGGAGAGCGUUCACAUGGUAGACCCGAUAACCAGUUCCGCGAAACAGUGCAAGGAGGGCGUUCACAUGGUAGACCCAAUAACCAGUUCCGUGAAACAGUGCAGGGAGAGCGUAAUCUAGGUGCACAUCCCACUGAAACUUACAAACACGUUCCCCCUAAAACACACUAUAAAACACAUGGCAAUCCUAAUGCAUCACGGACAUUUUACAGUGGUAGAAAUGUUUACAAAUCAACAGAAUUAUAAACAUUUCAUUCCCUGAGUAUGACAAUAAAUCCAGUACUCUAUGUA